CCGGUGCCGCGGGUGUGACUAUAUAAGCAGCGGCGGGCUCACGGCGGUCAGAAACCAGCCAACACCACCGCAGCCAUGGAGUGCAAGCUGAUCGUUCUGUCCGUCGUGAUGGCGGUGGCGCACGCCGGGUACCUGGCCGCCCCCGCAGUCUUCGCCCCUGGAGCGCCGCUGGCUGCCCGGGCCUACGCCGCCCCUGCCUAUGCCGCCCCCCUCGCCAGAGCCUACGCCGCCCCCGUCGCCAGGGCCUACGCCCCAGCAGUAGCCGCCCCCGCCGCCGUCGCUGCCGAGUACGACCCCAACCCCCAGUACAGCUACGCCUACAGCGUGCAGGACGCCCUUACCGGUGACUCCAAGAACCAGCACGAGAGCCGCAGUGGAGACGUCGUCCAGGGCAGCUACAGCCUGGUCGAGCCCGACGGCUCCGUCCGCACCGUCGACUACACCGCCGAUCCCGUCAACGGCUUCAACGCCGUCGUGCACAAGGAGGCCGGCGCCCACCCCGCCCCCGCCUACGCCGCCCCCAUCGCCAGGGCUGCCUACGCCGCCCCCAUCGCUAGGGCUGCUUAUGCUGCUCCUGCUCUCGCAUAUGGAGGUGCUUACCACGCAAUGGAUGAUGGUGAUUUAAGGGGGGACCAGGCUGUGCCGGCCGCGGCCUAUAUAAGCUGUCGCCGGCGGCACAGCGGGCACACAGUAAUCGAACACAGCAGCGGCAGCAACAUGGUGUGCAAGUUGAUCAUCCUGUCCGUGGCGGUGGCCGUGGCAAGCGCCGGCUACCUGGGCGCCCCCGCCGUCUACGCCCCCGGCGCACCUCUGGCUGCCCGCGCCUACGCCGCCCCCGCCUACGCUGCCCCCAUCGCUCGUUACGCCGCCCCCGUCGCUAGGGCCUACGCCGCUCCCGUAGCCAGGGCCUACGCCCCAGCUGUCGCCGCCGCCCCCGCCGCCGUCGCUGCCGAGUACGACCCCCACCCCGAGUACAGCUUCUCGUACAACGUGCAGGACGCCCUCACCGGUGACUCCAAGGCCCAGCACGAGACCCGCAGCGGAGACGUCGUCCAGGGCAGCUACAGCCUGGCCGAACCCGACGGCUCCAUCCGCACCGUCGACUACACCGCCGACCCCGUCAACGGCUUCAACGCCGUCGUGCACAAGGAGGCCGGCGCCCACCCCGCCGCCGCCGCCCCCGUGGCCGUCGCCCACGCCCCCGUGGCCGUCGCCGCCCCCGCCAGGGCUUACGCCGCUCCCAUUGCCAGGGCUGCCUACGCCGCCCCCCUCGCUAGGGCUGCCUACGCCCCCGCCCUGGCCUAUGGUGGUGCCUACCACGGUUAAGGACUGACAUGGACCAACCAACCUCUCACUCCCAUUUUGUACAAAUACCUGUACUCAUUAAUGCACAUCAAUAUAUAAGUUUAUAAUCAA